AUGGAAGAGAUCUGGGAGAGAUCGCUUACGCCUGAGCGAAUUGCCUAUUUGGCGCAAUCUCGCAUUCCUGAGGUCAUUAUCUGCAAUGUGAUUCUCCUCGCAAUUGCGACCGCGGGGCUGGCGGUGCGACUUUUUGUUCGGAUGCGAUAUCUUACCGGCAUCAACCUUGACGAUAUGCUAUGUAUAACCAGCUGGGUCUUCACAAUUGUUCUGUGCGCUACGUGCAUGAGGAUGACAAAGUAUGGAUUCGGCAAACACAUUGGAACAAUUCAGGACUUUAACACCCGAUCAAUGUUCCUCAAACUCGACUUCGUCACCAUGAUCGCAUAUGUCCUGGCCCUUGGCGCCAUCAAAGUGUCCUUCUGUCUCCUUUACCUACACAUUUUCCCCGGAAAGAAGUUCCGGAUCGCCUGCUGGUGUAUACUGGCUAUCCUCGUUGCUGAGACGAUUGAGGAGGCUUGUGUGGUGAUCUUCCAAUGCUGGCCUGUUUACAAGGCCUGGGACGCCACCGGUCUCGUGGAGGGGAAGUGCGUCGACAUGAAUCUCUUUUACUACGUCAACUUCGCCAUCAAAUUAGGGACCGACAUAGCUCUUUUCGCGAUGCCUAUGCCGAAAUUAGUACAGCUGAAGAUGACGUUCGGCAAGCGGGUGGGCUUGGUAUUCAUGUUUAGUCUGGGUCUGCUUGUUUGCGUGACGAGUGUCAUUCGAGUAACCUACAUGAAUAAGUUCCAGGACGACCACACAUGGGUGUUGGUCGACACAAUGAACUGGUCUUGCGUCGAAGUCGCGGUCGCCAUCUUCAUCGCCUGCAUCCCGUCCUUCAAAUCGCUCGUCACAUACCGAUUCCCGGCGCUGCAACGUAUGCUUGGUUUGUCCAGCAAAGGCGGAUCCAUGGGUCCCUCGAGGAUGUACGGCACUGCGACUCGUCGGACAUACAACGGCCUCACGACGGGGCCUCAAAACAGCAUUAAGCUGAAACCGGUGGUAGGGGAGAGCCAGGCGGAGGUGGAAACCAGCCAAAACGGGUCGCAGGAACGCAUCGUGCACGCCGGUAUCCACGUCACGACGGAUGUUCGAAUCAACGAGAGCGUUUAA